UGAUCAAGCCUCUUCUUCAGCUGAAUAACACUCACACGCACACACAUACUCACAGAUCUCUCUCAUCAUCCUCAAACCUCUCUAAUCCAUCCCAUGAUAUUUGAUUCAGAAACAUUGCUGUCUUUAGAGAGAAAGGCGGGGCUGGAUGCUGGAAAACACCAGAAGGUUCAUCAUCAUCCGCCUCGAGGUGCAUCAUCAUCCUAAUGGACCUUUAAGACAUUUCAAGUGCCACGGAUGAAAGGAGAUCAAUGUAACCGCAAACCAACCCCGAUUCAAGGCGAAUCCACUGUGAUCUCUGCGCAAUCUGACCAUCAACAUCUUUCCAAGACGGACGGGCUCGUGGAGCAUCGAGGCAAAAACCGGGCCAAUCGGGACAGGGACUUCAUGCCCAACAUGGAGAGGGGGAAACCAGCCACCUAUACGGGCGACAAGAAGGCUAAGAUGGCUGCGAAGACCAAUAAGAAGUGGGUAAGACUGGCCACCGUGUUUGCCUAUGUUUUAUCCGUUUCACUGGCGGCGAUCAUACUGGCAAUCUAUUACAGUCUCUUAUGGCAACCGACCAAAAAGGAAUCCCAAUCCAACACCACCACCACAACCACCCCUAGCAACCUGGAAACGAGCAACGGGACAGAAAUCAACGGCACACAGGCGGAUCUGUUCAGCGUCAACGGUACGGGACUCAAUGCGUCUCAGGCGCAUCAGAGGAAAGCCCGGUCCCUCUCCGAAAGUGCGCACUCCGAAUCCGCGGAUCUAUACAAAUACACACUUGUCCACAACUCAGACGGACAGACUGAUGUUAAAACCCAAAAAGAUCUGACCCUCUCCACUAAGGAAGUUCACGAGGAGGUCCAGAAGACGCGCUGGGAUGCCCAAGACGAGGACGAGCCAUCUUUUGAGGACGCUUCUCGAUUGAGAAGACAGAAUCAGUUUGGGUCGAAUACAAAUAACCAGCAAUAGGACCGUUAUGCAGGUCAUUUGUUUAUCCACAUCAGUGAUGUUGGACAGUGCUGCGGGUCCAGCAGGAGACAGGCCGCCGUCCGGUGCGCACGGAGACGCGGAGGCCGCAGCGGGUGCAUGGACACCAACUUUACACCAUAGCAAAUAGUGUUUAACCCUUUCAAAUGUUCGUAUAAAUUCACAUAUAAUCAUAAUAACUUGAUUGUUUUGCCUUAAUCUGGCAUGGUGGACAUUUGCAAAGUUAAUAGGCUUUAUCUUUUGGAGCAUCGUAGUCCAGAAUCACCCGCUGGCCUGCAUGCCGUUUAAUCGCACAUUUAUAAGAAACUUUCAUUCAAACCGAAGACUGACCAUCCUUCACAAUGCCUUUAUUUAAACAGCCAUUUUUGGGCAAGCUUUUAAAAAACUAUAACUCUAAAAGCUUGCAUGAAUUUCAGCUACUGUAUCUUUACCAAGUAAUCAGGAUUCUUAUGUUAGAGGAACCUGUGUCAAUGCUCAGGUAUGUGCAAAUAUUCAUGAAAAUCUCCUCUGGUUUAGUAAUGUACAUACUUGCUCAGAUUAUGAUGGUAACUUUUAGCACCACUAGAUCAUUUUUACAACAUUAUUGUACCAUAGGUGUAGAAUAUAUCACCGUAAUGGUAAAUAAACUACCUUAUAAAAAUACACUGUAAGCUUGCAUGUUUUGUGCCAUAAAUAUAAGGAGGGAUUGACAUUUUUUCUUCAUUAGGGAUAUCAUUUACAAAGGGCAGAGAACAUUCCUAAAAAUAGAAUGAGAACACUGGAAUUUUGGUUAUUUUGAUGGCCCUUACUUUUUAUAAACACUGAAAAAUGGGCUGAACAAUAACAAACCAAAAGACGCACAUAAAAGUCUAAACUGGGCAGCACAUCCACACACUAGAUUAAAACACUGUUAGGUCAAAAUUAUUUUACAAUGAAGUUAAGCAUAGAUUAACCCCAUUCGAAUCAGAUAUUAAAAUGUCUUUAUAUUGACCUCAAAUGCUUCAUUUAGGAUUAUUUAUGUUGAAAUACAAUAUGGUUUAUUUCUUAAAUAUGCUAAAUUGUUCAUUAAUAUAGUUUUAAGUUAUGUAUGUUAUUCAUUAUAAACCAAAAAAUCUGAUUACAUUAGUUUACACCGAUAAAAGAUCAGACAACGGCCCAUUUUCUCACGGUGUACAGUGUAUUUUGGCCUUGCAGUGACCUGCAUGCAUACUUGUAUCUUAUCAGCUUUAUCUGUUAUCUAAUACAGUACUAUUAGUGAUCUAUCCAUGCUCUAUAGCACACUUCAGCGAAUGAUGAAGAAUUAUUGAAUUACUCAAGUCAAGAGCAGGACUUACACAACGCUGCUCUAUUUUCAGCAAUGCCUCUGUGACCCAGUUUAUAUAUACUGGUACAGUGUUUGCUUGUGCAAAUGUUGAUGCGGUGUAGU